CGACUUAACAUUGUCCUCAUCGGGUCAGGGGCGAACGCGGCCUGUGCUCAUUGUUCGGUUUCCGGAACGUUGACGACGAAAUGAUCGGCAUGGUGGCGCCUCGCUUUGCACUGCACGGGCUCUUGAUCAACAACGAGGACCGUGUCAUUCCACGAAUACUCUCCAACGUCCUUUGGAGCGCCCCCUCGUUGCUCCCUCCCUUGCGCGCUCACGCCCCUCGUUCCCCGCUUACCUAUCGAGUACGCGACGACGAGGAAAGAGGGCACAUAGAUACAUAGCGACGGAAUUCUCCCCUGGGGAGGAGCUCUUUGCGCUGCCGACAAAGCAAAGCUGAGCGACUGGUGAGGGAAUAUGUGUCGCUGGUGGCGCCAGCGGAGACGGUCUGCUGGACAAAGAGCUUUCAUUUUUUCCCUUCUUCUUCCUUUUCCCCCCCCCCUCCAUGCCCGUCGCGUCGACUGGACACGAUGGAUGACCAAGACCAGACGGCGGGCGCUGUUGCCCUCCCUCUUGGCUGGCUUUUCCCGUCGACGCCGGCCUUUUUUCUUUUUCAGCAGCAUACUAGCACUUUAGUUCCCAAUGACGCCGUUCCGAGCACCACCUUCGGCAACGCUAAAGACUUCGGACAGGGGUACACCUUGGAGCCAGCUCGUCGCGCCCCAUGCUCGCGGCGACUGUGCUAGACCAGUCUCGUACCCUUGGUGCGCCGCCUCUGAUGCGAGUGGGAAUAGUCUUGCGGAGGCUUUUGGCUGUGCACAAGGGAUUGCACGGGAUUCUGGGGACUUGGGUAGCGUCGCUCAGCUUGCAUCUGUGCGUUUUGGCCUCCGGGGUCCGUUUCCACUCGAGCCAAGGCCCUCCAUGUCUCCAGCAGAACUCGGCCUUUUCCGGGCCCAGACAAACCAAACAGGCUGAUGACUGCUACUACUAGUAGUAGUAGCGACUUGGCUCUCCGCGUGCGAGCGAGCGAUACGUAGAUACAUAUGUAGCAAGUGUCCUGCUCGAGCGCGCGCGGACGGACGUCUUGGGUCUGCCUGGCUUCAUGUCGUGACGGCUUCGCGUCAACAUCAUUAAAGACCACCCACUUGACGCCUCGCCGCCCGCGCCAUGUCGAGCUCAGAGGAACUGCUACAGCAGUACGCGGACCAGCUGGUCCCGUAUGAUUUCAAUGCUGGGUUUGUGUGCCUGAGCUAUGCCAUUAGCUUGAUUGGCACGAGCACCACCCUCGAGCUUAUUCGACGUCGCACGUCGCACAGGGGAGUACACAACUUGCUUUUACUUGUCGGUGCCGCGAUAUCCAUGGGUGGCAUCGCCAUCUGGUCCAUGCACUUUAUCGGUAAUAGGGCUAUUUACAUGCUCAACGGCCAAGAGUCCUUUCAAAUCGCGUACUCGACGAGCCUCACCGUGCUUUCGCUCCUGGUGCCGAUUCUCGUGCUCAUCCUUGCCUUUCUCGCCGUCAGCGGCAACGGACGCAUCCAAUGGUGGCGGAUCGGCCUCGCGGGCCUGUUGUCGGGCGGCGCCAUCUGCGGCAUGCACUACCUUGCCGACUCGUCGAUUAGCAACUACACGAGCUCUUACAAGAUCUCCUAUGUGGUGGGAUCGGCCAUCAUCGCGGUCUCGGCCAGCGCCACGGCGCUCGCCGUCUUCUUCGUCUUUGAAACGACGUGGAAGGGCGUCUGGUGGAAGCGACUGGGUUGCGCCAUGAUCCUCGCUGGAGCCGUGUCUGGCAUGCACUGGUGUGCCGCCGUUGGUACGAGCUACAGACUGCGCGAGCUGCACUCGCCGGGCAAGGGCGUGUCCCGCCACGAAGCCAUGAUCGUGGUCAUCUGUUUGUCGGUUGCCGCUGGCGUCGUCAUGACCGCAAGCGCCGCGUACUCCAGCUGGAUCAGGAGAGACUACGCCAGCAAGUCCCAGCAAGUCGUCCUGGCGGCGGCCAUCUUCGACAGCAAGGGGAGAAUCAUGGUCAACCAGGAGGGUUUCCUUCCCACCGAGGUUGUGACAGACACACUGGUACCAAAGUCCAAUGACGACAUCUUCAGCACUGGCCACCCCCUAUUCCACUGGAUGUUCCGGGCCUCUCGCAACUGGAACACCAUCGCUGCAGUCGUCGCCAAGAUGGCGGACCACAUUGGCCGGCUGUCGCCCGAUGGCAACAUGGCCGGCAGGGCUGGGGUGCGGCUUGUAGGCGACGACGGCUUGUUGAUUGAAAACUACGACAUCAUCCUGCGCGAGCUGUUCUGCCUCGCCGCGACUGCGCUGGCGAGCCGCACGAGGGAAACGCUCACCAACGUCGGCGUCCUCUGGGACGAGAUCUUCACCACCGGCGACAGUUCCACGCUGGGCAGUCGGCCCAUGACUGCGCAAGGCGUUGGGAGCAGUCAGGCCGUGGAUCAAACCAGCCAGGCCAAGGACAAGUCCAUCUUCCAGAGUCUGGCCGAGAAAGGGCUCUCUCCAACGCAUCUUCAAGAGUACGGUCGCGGCUGUCUCAUGUUCCUUGUCCGGCAGGUGGACCAGAAGCGUGACGCCGAGAAUCUGGAGGCGGCGGGUUACCGCUUCGCCGAAGUCCACCAGGUCGUUGGAGGCAUCCGGUCCAGCAUGCAGGUCAAGGCGCAAGACCUCGAAGCGCGACUGAGGAGCAUGUCGACUCAUAACGAAAAGGCCGCCAUGUUAGGGCCCGGCGUCCACUUGGGCAUGUUUGCCGUCCGCGCGAGGCUUGAUCGCAGCGGCUUCGAUGUGCUGGCACAGAGGGACGCCAGGAACCUCUUGCCCACGGUAGGCAUGCACAUGGACCACCUUGAGCCCUGGCAGUCAAGGUUCCUGGCUCGUCACCGGGGCAUGACUGUGCUUGCGUUGGCGCAGAGGCUUGAGACCAUGGAGCACGCCUCCACGCAAGAGAGACUCUUCGCGUCGGAUCUUCGCCACGCCAUCUCCGCGCUACGACAGUCCCUUGACUCGAGGUUCGACGAGGCGACGCUUCUGCCGCGCGAGGUUCAGGUGCCCUGCUUCACUUGCGAGGAGGUACCACGGCCAUCAACGAGCACUCUUAUUGCCUUCCGGAUCGUGCUGCCCAUCCACGCUACCGUCGAGUCGGCGCAGUGCGAGUUCACACCGCUCAAUUUCUUUAAGCUGAGGCAGCUCACGUACGAGGGGUCGCCUCACCACGUCGAGUUCUCGCAUAUGGUGCACCGCGACAUGUCGUACGUGCCACAAGGGGACACGGCGAGGCGCCAGAGCACGACUACUCGCGGGGCCGACAAGCCCAAGUCGUCCUUUUCGCGGGCCGUGGACAGCGUGAGCCACGCGCUUCCUGGGCGGCGGCGCGGCGGGACACACUCCUCGAGGCUCCCAUCUACACGAAGCCAGGAAGAGCUCUCGCGCGUGACAUCUCAUCCCAGCUCCGUGUUCCAUGCAAGGGACGAUAGCAGCUUUGAAGACGGACAUAAGCUGGGCUCGAUGAGUGCUUCGUCCGGUGUCGAAGAGCUUGCCGAGCUGCAACAGCACAGCGCCAAGCAGAUGUUUGGCGGCAUCAUGGUCUCGCAAGAAAUCAUGGUCGACGUCCAGGAAAACCGCCCAGCGACCCAUGACAACAGGACGGAGCUCAAUACUGUCCGGUCCAAAGCAGAGGGCACCGCCAAGGUGGACAAGAUGUACACUGCCACUGCUACGGGUGAGAAAGACGCAAGGAAAGGGGGCGAGCAGCGCGAUUUCCUGGAUGAACUGCUGUCCAUGAGCAUGGUGGUGGACAAGUCCAGGGACGCGCUGUGAGCGACUUGGGCGAAGGCUCGGGGUUUUUCUUCUUGUUUUUGUCGAAUUCUUUGCUUUGCUAUGGUGUUGUAGGAUAUUUGUAUACCAGUGGUGCGAUGUGUGGAUUUUCGAACAGGACAUUGAUACCGGAUUGGAGUUGGAAGGGAACAAUGGGUUCAGUUUGUGUUUGUGGGCUUACAUCUUUACGUCUGCGAGGACACUUGGAAGUUGUAUCGGGUUCUUACGAAGUAUGAACCGUAUCUAUACCUGAGAAGAGAAUAUCACGACCGCGACA